AUGGAAAUGAAAAAUAAUAAGGAGGAUGUCACCGACAAGCAGAGUGAAUUGUUGGAAAAAUGUUUGGUAGAACUUGCGGGUUGUGAAAAAGAGAUGGAUGAGGCAGAAAAAGAUGCAGAGAUAUAUAGGAUUAGAAAGACACAAGAGAUUUAUGCCAAAAGACGUUCAAUAUUAAGGAAUAUUCCCAAGUUUUGGUACAUCGUAUUAGCAGAAAAUGAUGAUUUUUCAGAAUACCUUGGAAUUGAUGAUCUUAAGUACCUAGAAGCAAUUAAUGACAUAUAUGUUCAUUACAAUGUAGCUGAUAGUGAUGACAUCAGCCACUAUCGAGACUAUUCCAUAACCCUUAGCUUCAAAGACAACGAAUUGAUUCAAGAUCAGACCAUUACGAAGGAGUUUAAGACAUCUAUUGAAGAAGGUGAAGAAAUGCUAUACCUGGAACCGGUGGAUGUCAAUUGGCCCAAAGAGCUUGAUAGCAUCAACCCUAGACUCAUAAAAGAACAGACUAAAGCAGGAGAACUUUCCAAGGAACAGAAAAAGCAGUAUAGACUAGGAAUGAAGUCGUUCUUUGCAUGGUUCGCUUGGACAGGGAAAAAGCCUGGUAAGGAGUUCAGAAAUGGUGAAGACGUAGCGAGAUUAAUUACAGACGAUUUAUUUCCUUAUGCCGUCAAAUAUUACACAGAAGCCAUGCCAGGAAUUGGGGAAGAAGAUAGUUUUGAGGAUUCAUCGGAGGGCGAGGAAUUAGAUAUCAGCGAUGAUGAACCACCAAAAAAGAAAAGGGCGCAAAAUAGUCAAGCUGGCUUACUGACAGAUCAUUAG